AUGAUUCUUCCCUCAUGGGACGUCUCCUCGAAGCCCGUCCUCGAGGUCGAUCGACUCUGCCGCUUGGUGGAUUUCUUGCCCCGCCGCGGGUGCGCCCUCCGCCCAGAGCUCGAGGUGUCCGUCGAGGAGCUGCUGUUCUCCUGCGACUUGACCGGUUCUGCGGGUGGAGGAGCAGGCGGUCCCUCGGCCCAUACCAAGGCACCUCCCCAGGUCCUCGGCCCAUACCAAGGCACCUCCCCCAGGGACCAGGUCCCCAAGGCAUCCUCGGCCCAUACCCAGAGGAAUCUCCCCCAGGUCCUCGGCCAUUACCAAGGCAACCCUCCCCCAGGACAUCCCCCCAGGUCCUAUCGGGCCAUACCAAGGUACCUCCCUCAGGAUUCCCCCGGUCCCUCGGCCCAUACGCAAGGCACCUCCCAGGACCUCUUCCCCUCCCCUUGGACCAUAUCCAAAGCUCCCUCCUCUCAGGUCCCCGGCCCAUACCAAGGCACCCCCCCUACUUGGUCCCUCGGCCCAUACCAAGGCACCUCCCUCAGGUCCCUCGGCCCUUACCAAGGCUCCCUUCUCGGGCCCAUUACCAAGGACCUCCCCAGGUCCCUCGGCCCAUACCAAGGCUCCCUCCCCCAGGACCUCCCCAGGUCCCUCGGCCCAUACCAAGGCACCUCCUCCAGGACCCCACGCCAGGUUCCCCGGCCAUACCAGGCACCUCCUCAGGUUCCCUCGGCCCAUUACCAGGCACCUCCCCAGGACCUCUUCCCCCAGGUCCCUCGGCCCAUACCAAGGCACCUCCCCCAGGACCUCUUCCCCCAGGUCCCUCGGCCCAUACCAAGGCUCCCUCCUCCAGGUCCCUCGGCCCAUACCAAGGCACCUCCCCCAGGACUCCCCCUUCCCCCAGGUCCCUCGGCCCAUACCAAGGCAUCUCCUCAGGUCCUCGGCCCUACCAAGGCUCCUCCCCCAGGACCUCUUCCCCCAGGUCCCUCGGCCCAUACCAAAGCUCCCUCCUCCAGGUCCCUCGGCCCAUACCAAGGCACCUCCCCCAGGACCUCUUCCCCCAGGUCCCUCGGCCCAUACCAAAGGCUCCCAUCCCCCAGGUCCUCGGCGGCCCAGGCCCACGGCCAACCUCCCCCAGGACCUCUUCCCCAAGUCCCUCGGCCCAUACCCAAGGACUCCCCAGGUCCCUCAGCGCCCAUACCAAGGCACCUCCCCCAGGACCUCUUCCCCCAGGUCCCUCGGCCCAUACCAAGGCACCUCCCCCAGGACCUCUUCCCCCCAAGUCAGGUCCCGGUCCAUACCAAGGCACCUCCCCCAGGACCUCUUCCCCCAAAUCCCUCGGCCCAUACCAAGGAACCUCCCCCAGGUCCCUCGGCCCAUACCAAGGUACCUCCCCCAGGUCCCUCGGCCCAUACCAAGGCACCUCCCCCAGGACCUCUUCCCCCAGGUCCCUCGGCCCAUACCAAGGCACCUCCCCCAGGACCUCUUCCCCAGGUUCCGCUCGCCAUAACCAAGGCUCCCUCCCCCCCAGGUUCCCUCGCGGCCCAUACCAGGCACCUCCCCCAGGACCUCUUCCCCCAGGUCCUCGCGCCCAUACCAAGGCACUCCCCAGGACCUCCUUCCCCCAGGUCCUCGGCCCAUACCAAGGCUCCUCCCCCAGGUCCCUCGGCCAUACCAAGGCACCUCCCCAGGACCUCUUCCCGCGGUCCUCGGGCCAUACCCAGGUCCCUCGGCCCUUACCAAGGCACCUCCCCAGGACCCUCAGGGUCCUUCGGCCCCCGCGUACCUCCCCUAGGCUUCCCCCAGUCCUCGGCCCAUACCAAGGCUCCCCAAGGACCCUCUCGCCCCAGGUCCCUCGGCCCAUACCAAGGCACCUUCCUCAGGGUCCUCGGCCAUAACAAGGCACCCCCCAGGACUCUUCCCCAGGUCCCUGGCCCAUACCAAGGCACCUCCCUCAGUCCUCGGCCCUUAAGCUCCCUCCCUAGGACCUCUUCCCCCAGGUCCCUCGGCCCAUACCAAGGGCCCCCUCCCCCAGGACCUCUUCCCCCAGGUCCUCGCCCAUACCAAAGGCACCCUCCCCAGGACCUCUCCCCAGGUCCCUCGGCCCAUACCUCCCCCAAGGCACCAAGGCACCUCCAGGUCUCGGGCCCUUCGAAGGCUCCCCCCGCAGGACCUCGGCCCCCCAGUCCCUCGCCCAUACCAAGGCACCUCCCCAGGACCUCUCCCCCAGGUCCCUCGGCCAUACCAAGGCUCCCUCUCCAGGUCCCUCGGCCCAUACCAAGGCCCCUCCCCAGGACCUCUUCCCCAGGCCCUCCCCCAAUACCAAGGCAUCCCUCAGGUCCCUCGGCCCAUACCAAGGCAUUCCCUCAAGGUCCCUCGGCCAUUAACAAGGCUCCUCCCCCAGGACCUCUUCCAUCCUCGGCCCAUCCAAAGCUUCCCCCUCCUGCCAGGCCCUCGGCCCCUACCAAGGCACCUCCCCCAGGACCUCUUCCCCCAGGUCCCUCGGCCCAUACCAAGGCACCUCCCCCAGGACCUCUUACCAGGCCCCAGGUCCCUCGGCCCAUACCAAGGCUCCCUCCCCCAGGUCCCUCGGCCCAUACCAAGGACCUCCCCAGGUCUUCGGCCCAUACCAAGGACCUCCCUAGGACUUCCCCCAGGUCCCUCGGCCCAUACAAGGCACCCUCCCCCAGGACCUCUUCCCCCAGGUCCCUCGGGUCCUCCUCCAGGCCCCGCCCAUACCAAGGCACCAUCCCCCCCGGACCUCUUCCCCCAGGUCCCUCGGCCCAUACCAAGGCACCUCCCUCAGGUCCCUCGGCCCUUACCAAGGCUCCCUCCCCCAGGACCUCUUCCCCCAGGUCCCUCGGCCCAUACCAAGGCUCCCUCCCCCAGGACCUUCCCCCAGGUCCCCUCGGCCCAUACCAAGGCACCUACCCGGACCUCUUCCCCCAGGUCCUCGCCCCAUCUCCCCAGGACCUCCCCCAGGUCCCUCGGCCCAACUCCCUUCCCCCAGGUCCCUCGGCCGCAUACCAAGGCCCUCCCCAGGACCUCUUCCCCCCCAGGUCCCUCGGCCCAUACCAAAGGCUCCCUCCUCCAGGUCCCCUCGGCCCAUACCAAGGCACCUCCCCGCCCAGGACCGUCUUCCCCCAGGUCCCUCGGCCCAUACCAAGGCACCUCCCUCAGGUCCCUCGGCCCUUACCAAGGCUCCCUCCCCCAGGACCUCCCCAGGUCCCUCGGCCCAUACCAAGGCUCCCUCCUCCAGGUCCCUCGGCCCAUACCAAGGCACCUCCCCCAGGACCUCUUCCCCCAGGUCCCUCGGCCCAUACCAAGGCACCCGUUUCCCCCAGGUCCCUCGGCUCCAGAUCCAAGGCACCUCCCCAGGACCUUCUUCCCCAAAAUACCCUAUCGGCCCACAUAUCCAAGGAACCUCCCCCCAGGUCCUCGCGCCAUAACCGAAGAGCCACUCCCCCAGGACACUCUUCCCGGCCGAGGUGUCCCGUCGCCCCAAUAGCCAAAUCAGGCACGCACCGUCUGAAUUUCCACCCCAAGAGUGCCUAUCCCGUCGGGCCCAUAACCAAGCGAACUCACCCCAGAGUCCUCGGCCCAUACCGAGAUAUGGGUACCUCCUCCGCCAGGUUCCUCGGCGCCAUAGCCCAAGUACCUCCUUACCCCCCUCCAACGGUCCCCUCGGCCCACAAGACCAAGCAGCUGGCCCAUUCACCCCAGGCUCACCUCUCGGCCAUAUCCGGUGUAAGGCAACCUCUCCCCAGGACACUCUUUGCGCCCCAGAGUUCCUUUCGCGCUCCAGUAUUGGUCCUCGAAGCACCCCGUUCCGUGUACCCGCUGAGAUCUCUUUCCCCGCCGGUUCCUCGUGUCUUCGCGGGCCCGGCGUGA